AUGGAAGCGGAUAAUAUUAGCAGUGUAACUAAUGUUAAAGAUGAAGAAGAUGGUGUUCUUCUUCCAGGGUUUCGAUUUUAUCCUACCGAUGAAGAGCUCGUAGGGUUUUAUCUUCGAAGAAAGGUCGAGAAGAAACCGAUUACUAUUGAACUUAUCAAGCAGGCUGAUAUCUACAAGUACGAUCCAUGGGACCUUCCAAAAGGCAGCAACGUAGGGGAGAAGGAGUGGUACUUCUUUUGCAAAAGGGGAAGAAAAUACAGAAACAGCAUAAGACCCAAUAGAGUGACAGGUUCAGGAUUUUGGAAAGCAACUGGAAUAGACAAACCAAUCUAUGGAGAAGGCCGUGAUUGCAUUGGCUUAAAGAAAUCACUGGUUUAUUACAGAGGAAGUGCUGGGAAAGGCACCAAAACUGAUUGGAUGAUGCACGAAUUUCGUCUUCCGGCUACUCAUCACAGCAAUACAAAACAACUAACUGAUAAUCAAUGCAUUGCUCAAGAAGCUGUAAGAAAGUUCUGA